UCUGCCAAGAUGUAUGCUCUGCACCAAUUUAUGCUAAUUUAUGUUUUGACAUGCCAUGGACAAAAUGCACUUGGAAGUGAAAUUAUAAAUGGGGAAAAAGCUCCAGAAAACUCACUGUUGUAUAUGGCCUCGGUGCAGAACAUUCAUGGCCACGAUUGUGGAGGUUUUCUUGUAAGUGAGGACUUUGUGGUCACCGCUGCACACUGUGGUGAAGGGAAUCCAAGGAGAAUAGUUCUUGGCACCCACGAUAUCAGCAAGCCUGCUAACACCAUGAAAGAUGUAAUCAUGAAAUGCAUACACCCAUAUUAUAUAGGUGUUGGAAAUGGGAAUGACAUCAUGCUACUCAAACUUUCUAGUGAAGUCCAACCAAGCAAAAACAUCCAAAUUAUUAAACUUCCCUCUUCUGAAAUAAAGCUAAAGGAAAAUGAAAGGUGCCUUGUGGCUGGGUGGGGUUUGGCAAAAACUGGUGGUCCAUUAGUUCAUCAGUUGAGAGUAGUGGAUGUGUCUGUUAUCAGCCCAGAGGUCUGUAGGGAGAGCUGGCCGGGUCUUCCGGAUGGUCUUAUUUGUGCUGGUGGUUAUGGCACAAACAAAGGGUUCUGUCAGGGUGAUUCUGGUGGCCCUCUGAUCUGCAAUGGUACAGCUGUUGGGGUUGUUUCUUUCAACAAAUGGGGCAGAUGUGACUACCCGGAUGCACCCAAUGUUUAUGUGGAUAUCGCAAAACACCUUCACUGGAUCAACGAGAUUCUCAAGAAAAAGCAUUGUUAAGUCUUACAUAAAUCUUUGCUUUGACACACUGUUAUUGUAGUUGUGCAUUUAAAUCACUCUGUGUUUUAUCUAGAUGCAGAAUAAAUAAAUGUUUCAAAUAUUUCUCAGCAGACAUGUAAUUGUAGCAAAGUUGCUGUAGUGACAAUAUUAUUGUGAUGUCAUUUAGCUCAUUUUAACGCAAUAAAUCACCAGUAAAUGAUUUAGGGGACAGUAAAAAGGUUCCCCUAGAGUCAGAAACAAAAAAAAUGCAGUCUUCGCUCAGCAUGGUGCAGUUAUUAGAUGAGAUGAGAUCAAGUUUUCAAGGUUAGCUGGGUAGUUUUAAGAGUGCACCCUGACACACACCCUAUGACAGCUAGGAUAGGCUUGAGCUCUGUAACCCUGGGUUUAAUUUAAUUGCUCUGAGCAGUUUUUGAUAUGGGCGACAUGGGCAGUUGCCCAGGGCACCCACCAGGACAGGACCGCCCCUGGCUCUGAGAUCAAGAGCAUAGCUUUAUUGUUGACUAACAAGAUAAAAUUUACUUGCUAAUGCUAGCUGUGUUUCCAUAGAUCCUAACUGAUCUCAGAGCGGUGAGAGCAGACCAACAGUACUUUGGCUUGUGAGCUGCUCUCCAUUCAGUUUCCAAACACCAGCAGUUUAGCCACAAUUCGCAUGCACAAACCACCAGAAAAAGCAAAAAAACUGCUGGACUCUCAGCUUGUCCAGCUCCAGUCAUUGUUAAAAGGAGACAGACACACCCAGACACUAUGAGACUGACCCAUGCAUUUGUGCUUGAAGCAUCACUUAUGUCUACAGGGUCAUGACAUCGCAUCAUGUGUUGAUUGAAGGAAGUGCAGCUUUCAGCAACAAUACCUGAUUGCAGCCACAGUGGCAGUAAUGUAAAGACUGGAUGCAUACAUAAUAUAUGAUAUAUAUAUAUAAUUGACUGGCAAGGAGCUUUAGUAAAGUGCUGUGUGAAAUGAAAGGAGAGUGAAGCCUUAAUGUGUUUAUUUUUAGACCAGAUCUUUUUUUUUACUAUUUUGUUCUGAUAUGUAAAAUCUUUGAAAGGAAAGGAGAUUUAAUUUCUUUUUAUC